AUGGUCGCCCAUACCACUAUCCUCACCGCAAUCAUUGGCCUCGGUCUCCUGGCUGUGCCAGGAGUCGCUGCUCCAGCAGCCCUCGUUGCACCCUCCGCUGCUGCUGUAGCAGCUGGCGAGCGGCUCGGCGGCAUCGACAUGUCUCGGGCCUGUAGGGAUCAGUACAAUACCGGAGCCAUAGAUCUCCGGGUAGGAGACACAUGCAAUGACUGGCGUUGUGGCGUUCAAUACUAUCCCUUCGUUCUCGAUGUGAACACUCCUGCGGCGUGCACGAGGCAGUAUGGUCCCGGUGUUUAUGCUUGGUGCUCUGGUUGA